AUGAGAAUUGACUUUUCACUGUACUUGGUCACAGGCCGGGAGCUGCUGCCACCAGGGAAGGAAUAUCUGGAAUCCUUGGAAGAGGCCUUACAAGGCGGUGUUACUGUUGUUCAGAUCCGAGAAAAGAAGUCCGACACACUAGAAUUCUUGGAAAUUGCACGAGAGUCGAAGAUCCUCUGCACGAAAUACAAGGUUCCUCUCAUCAUCAACGACCGUAUUGAUAUCGCGCUCGCCGUUCAAGCCGAUGGUGUGCAUCUGGGGCAAACAGACAUGCCGGUCCAUGUCGCAAAGACUUUACUUCCCGCAGAUAUGGUGAUUGGUGUCUCCUGCAACAAUAUAGACCAUGUGAAGAAAGCGAUAGAGGACCAAGUUGAUUAUGUUGGCAUCGGUGCCGUCUGGGGCACGACAACUAAGCAGCUGACCAGCCCAAUCAUUGGGGUCAGAGGUGUUGGCUCGCUGCUUCGAGCUCUAGAUGGGACAGAUACCAAGGCGGUUGCAAUCGGGGGGAUAAAUCACACCAACGUCCUGAGAACCUUACAUGGAUCUGUAUCAACAUCUGGACACAGGCUGGAUGGUAUCGCUGUGGUCUCGGACAUUGUGGCUUCUUCAGCACCCCGUUCCGCAGCCCAAAGGCUCAGGGAUAGCCUCGAUGCGUGGGUUCAUUAUUUUGAUGUGCAAAGUCAAGCGCCGCAAGUGUACGAUGUGGAGACCAUCAAGAACAGCGUUGUCGAACUUAUGCAGGUGAUACGAGACAAGAGUCCACUCAUCCAUCAAAUAACAAAUGUCGUGGUCACGAACCAAUCCGCGAAUGCCACCUUAGCCUUGGGUGCAAGUCCCAUUAUGGCUACUGCGCCCGAAGAGAUGCAUGAUCUUAGUCGCAUUCCAGGCGGUUUACUCAUAAACUUUGGCACCAUUACGAACAAAGAUAGCAUGAUUCUUGCGGGGCAGUACGCAAAUGAAGCACAAAAACCCCUAGUCUUUGAUCCAGUCGGAGUAGGCGCUACUCAGUUCAGGAAGAUGACAGCUUCAGAACUCCUGAAUGCAUGGCAGGCCAGCGUUAUCAAAGGCAACGCUGGUGAGAUGGCUGCUCUCGCUAACUCGAUAGAGGUACAGGCUAAAGGGGUUGAUAGCGUUGGCUCUGGGUUCGCAGAUCCGGCGUCUUUUGUCCGGGAGAUAGCCAAGAAGGAAAGAUGCGUCGUCGUGAUGACGGGACCGACAGACUGGGUGUCCGAUGGCACCAUCGUGGUGAGGUUGGAAAACGGCCAUAAAAUGCUCGGUGAUAUUACGGGGUCGGGAUGUGUUGUUGGGACCUGCGUUGCUACGUUUUGUGCUGGUGCCUCACUUCUUGCCACUACCCAUGAAACGAGCCCUGGACCUGAGCCAGCGAAGCUCGUCAGGGGAAACAUGCUGAUAGGCGCUGUUGGUGGUGUUUUGGCUCUGACGGUGGCAGCCGAGUGUGCAGCUGAAAGAAGCGAUGUCCAUGGGUCUGGAACGUUCCUCCCAGCCCUCAUAGAUGAACUGUACCACUUGAAGCCAGAAACUGUGCUCUCCAGGGCAAAAGUUCAAGUGUUAUGA